AGUGAGCAUGCUUCCCCGCCACGACCGGCUUAUUCCAGCCUGCGCGCCUCAGCAGCAGCAGCAGCAGCAGCCUGCUCCUCUUCUCCUUCUUCUCCCUGGCAGCCUUUGUUGGCUGGUGGGCCCAGUACUGGAGCAAGAGGAGGAAGGACCCUCUCCUGGGAGCCCAGGCGGACAAUGGUGGCCUCUCCCGGGGAGCAGAAUGCGCUGGAGGAGGAGGACGGCGCCGGCUCUGAAGGAGGGACACCGGGGACCACGCUGCUCUUGGGGCUGCUCCCAUAGACCUUCUUAGACACACAGAGAGAGAGAUAGCAUUCGGGGAGAGGGCCAGAGGACGCCUGGGCAUCAUCACCUCUUCUCCUCCUUCUCCUUCCCUCUCCAGGCACCCCGCCUGCACCUGGUUACGUCCUCCACACAUCACAUGGGCACCAUUUACCCUAGUUCUCUCCUCAUCUAUCCAGCCUUGAGGGUGAGCGCAUUUAUGUCUGCUGGAAUUUUGAAUGUUUACCCUUGCAGAAGUUGCAUCUCUUAAUGACAUUCAGCCGACAUACCGUAUCCUGAAACCAUGGUGGGAUGUGUUUAUGGAUUAUCUGGCAGUGGUUAUGUUAAUGGUUGCCAUUUUUGCUGGAACCAUGCAGCUGACCAAAGAUCAAGUGGUCUGUUUGCCUGUGCUGCAGUCAGCUGUCAAUGUAAAAGUACAACCCACCUCCUUGGGAAGUGCCAAAGUGAUAAAUAUCCCAGAAUCUGAAACCGCAGUUCUUCAAGACAAAGAAACACAAGCAGCAAAUACUGUUUCCUUCGAGACGGCAUCGGUUGUUACACCUGACAUACCUCUGAGUCGAACUACUUUUCCACCAUUGCAUUCCACUGUCUCAAAUCAGGAAGUGAAGAAAGAGCAGAAAGAUCCUCUGGGUCGAAAAACCAAUUUGGAUUACCAGCAAUAUGUUUUCAUUAACCAAAUGUGUUACCACUUGGCUCUUCCUUGGUAUUCAAAGUACUUUCCCUACUUAGCUCUUAUACAUACUAUUAUUUUAAUGGUCAGCAGCAAUUUUUGGUUUAAAUACCCCAAAACAUGUUCAAAGAUAGAGCAUUUUGUCUCUAUCUUAGGGAAGUGCUUUGAGUCCCCUUGGACUACAAAAGCAUUGUCUGAAACUGCAUGUGAAGAUUCUGAGGAGAAUAAGCAGAGACUGACAGGGGCCCAGUCUCUGCCAAAGCACGUGUCAACCAGUAGUGAUGAAGGAAGUCCAAAUGCCAGUACCCCCAUGAUAAGCAAAACUGGUUUCAAGUUUUCAGCUGAAAAGCCAGUCAUUGAGGUCCCUAGCAUGACUAUUUUGGACAAAAAAGACGGAGAGCAAGCCAAAGCCCUCUUUGAGAAAGUACGAAAAUUUCGGGCCCAUGUGGAGGACAGUGAUUUAAUUUAUAAGCUUUAUGUUGUUCAGACUGUCAUCAAAACUGUGAAAUUCAUAUUUAUUCUCUGCUACACAGCAAACUUUGUCAAUGAAAUAAGUUUCGAGCACAGUUGCAUGCCCAAAGUGGAGCAUCUAACUGGCUAUCAGGAGUUUGAAUGCACACACAAUAUGGCUUACAUGCUGAAAAAGUUGCUCAUUAGUUAUAUCUCUCUCAUUUGUGUCUAUGGUUUUGUCUGUCUGUACACACUUUUCUGGUUAUUUCGAUUACCCCUGAAGGAGUACUCCUUUGAAAAAGUAAGAGAAGAGAGUAGCUUCAGUGAUAUUCCAGAUGUUAAAAAUGAUUUUGCAUUUCUCUUGCACAUGGUUGACCAGUACGAUCAGCUGUACUCCAAGCGGUUUGGUGUCUUUUUGUCAGAGGUGAGUGAAAAUAAACUGAGGGAAAUCAGCUUGAAUCAUGAAUGGACUUUCGAAAAAUUAAGGCAGCAUGUUUCCCGGAAUGCCCAAGAUAAGCAGGAACUGCAUCUGUUCAUGCUAUCAGGGGUUCCAGAUGCAGUGUUUGAUCUGACAGACUUGGAUGUCCUGAAACUUGAGCUGAUCCCUGAAGCAAAAAUCCCAGCUAAAAUCUCCCAGAUGACCAAUCUUCAAGAGCUCCAUCUCUACCAUUGCCCUGCAAAGGUGGAACAAACAGCCUUUAGCUUUCUUCGUGACCACCUGAGGUGCCUGCACGUGAAAUUUACUGACGUGGCAGAAAUCCCAGCUUGGGUGUAUUUGCUUAAAAAUCUCCGUGAGUUGUACCUGAUAGGCAACUUGAACUCUGAAAAUAAUAAAAUGAUAGGACUUGAAUCACUCAGAGAAUUAAGGCAUCUUAAAAUUCUCUAUGUGAAAAGCAAUUUGACCAAAAUCCCCUCGAACAUCACAGAUGUGGCACCACAUCUAACCAAGCUUGUAAUUCAUAAUGAUGGCACCAAGCUCUUUGUACUGAAUAGCCUUAAGAAAAUGAUGAAUGUAGCAGAGCUAGAAUUACAGAACUGUGAACUAGAGAGGAUUCCCCAUGCUAUUUUCAGUCUCACUAACUUGCAGGAACUAGAUUUAAAGUCAAAUAGCAUACGCACAAUUGAAGAAGUCAUAAGUUUUCAGCACUUAAAAAGACUGACUUGUCUGAAACUGUGGCACAACAAAAUAGUCAACAUUCCUCCUUCCAUUACCCAUGUGAAAAACCUGGAGUCCCUUUACCUCUCCAACAAUAAACUCGAAUCUUUACCAGCUGCAGUGUUCAGUUUACAGAAACUCAGAUGCUUAGAUGUAAGCUACAACUCCAUUGCAGUGAUUCCUGUGGAAAUAGGCUUGCUCCAGAAUCUGCAGCAUUUGCAUAUCACAGGAAAUAAAGUGGAUAUUUUGCCAAAACAGCUGUUUAAAUGUACCAAGUUGAGAACUUUAAGUUUGGGACAAAACUGUAUCACCUCGAUUCCAGAAAAAAUUGGCCAGUUGUUGCAGCUGACUCACCUGGAGCUAAAGGGGAACUGUUUAGACCGUCUCCCACCUACGCUAGGGCUGUGUCGGCUUCUCAGGAAAAGUGGACUCAUUGUGGAAGAUCACCUCUUUGACACAUUGCCUUCAGAAGUCAAAGAGGCAUUGAAUCAAGAUACAAACAUUCCCUUUGCUAAUGGGAUUUAAGACAAAGUUGAACUCAAAGUGACUUAAUAUAGACCAAGCUAAAGUACACGUUAUAAAAUCCUGUGUUAACAAUCUGGAACUCGCUCUCUAUUUGUGAGAAAACACUUAGGGGUGGUAGAAGCUUGUUUGGUGUUUGUAGUCUUUUAAAACAUCAUUUCCAAAAUUUUGGAGGGGAAAGAGGAAGGGGGGAGGGAAAUCCUUCAACAGUCUCGAUUCUUCUUUUCUUUUAAGAUGUUUGUAACUUGGAUGCUGCCGCUUUUGAAUGUUUACAAAUUGCUCGCCUGCUUAAUGUAUAUGAUUAAACUGGUGACCUUUUUCUUACUAUAAA